UGGGGUUUUCAUUUUUUCUCUUCAUCACAAUUGCAUGAACUCAAAAACACACCGCAAAAUCCACUCAAUCCCCAAACAACCCAUCUCUCUGUUUCUCUCUCUCUAUCUCUCUUUCUGAAAAGAGAAACAAAAAUUUCACUUUCUCUUACUUUAUCCUCAACUGGGUCUCUCUCUAUUUUUGCCAUUGAAAAUCCCUGAGAAAUGAGGUGGGAAAGGGUCCAACCCCAUCACAAACAAAACUCAGAAGGAGCUCAACAACAGCAACAGCAACAGCAUGGAGUUGGUGACAUAUUUGGGCCAGGGAAGAGGUGGGGUCACACCUGCAACGCCAUUAAAGGUGGCAGAUUUCUCUAUGUUUUUGGGGGUUAUGGCAGAGACAACUGCCAGACCAACCAAGUACAUGUCUUUGACACUGCUAAUCAGACAUGGAGCCAGCCUGCAAUAAAAGGCACACCGCCCACUCCAAGGGAUAGCCACAGCUGCACCACUGUUGGUGAUAAUCUUUUUGUGUUUGGGGGAACAGAUGGGAUGAAUCCUCUCAAGGAUUUGCAUAUAUUAGAUACUUGUUCACACACGUGGAUAUCACCAAGUUUACGGGGUGAUGGACCAGAGGCAAGGGAGGGUCAUAGUGCAGCCCUUGUUGGUAAACGUCUAAUUAUAUUUGGUGGCUGCGGGAAGUCUGCUAAUAAUAAUGACGAAAUAUACUACAACGAUCUUUAUAUAUUGAAUACAGAGACAUUUGUAUGGAAACGCGCUACAACAUCAGGAACUCCACCAUCUCCACGCGAUAGUCAUACUUGCUCAUCUUGGAAGAACAAAUUCAUAGUGAUUGGUGGUGAAGAUGCACAUGACUAUUAUUUGUCUGACGUCCAUGUUCUUGAUACAGAUACGCUAAUUUGGAAGGAGCUGAACACUUCAGGCCAUCUAUUGCCUCCCCGAGCUGGUCAUGCAACUGUUGCUUUUGGCAAAAGCUUGUUUGUUUUUGGGGGAUUUACUGAUGCUCAAAAUUUAUACAAUGACCUCUAUGCGCUUGAUGUUGAUACUGGUGUAUGGACAAAGGUCAUCACUACAAGUGAUGGGCCUUCUGCCAGAUUUUCGGUGGCUGGUGACUGUUUAGAUCCAGUGAAGGGUGGUGUCCUUGUAUUCUUAGGUGGAUGCAACAAGAGUCUUGAGGCUCUGGAUGACAUGUAUUACUUGUACACAGGACUCGUCAGAGAAAAAGAAUGGAGGCUAGAUAAGUUAUCUCUAAGGAAGCAACUAAAGCUAAAGUGUCAAGAGCAAAAUCUGACUCCUCCUCAUGACAAAGCUCUUGUUAGGGUUGGAAUGGGUGCUGAUACGUACCAACCUAUGAUUGCACCUACCUUUGGCCAACCUGGCAGACAAAAUUUCCCAUUGAAUCAAUCCCAAUCCCCUCAAGGAAAGAAGACAUUUCAAGCCAAGGUUACAGAAAACAUCCCAGUUGGAUAUACUAUUGAAACUGUCAUUGAUGGGAAGCCUCUUCGGGGAAUAUUGUUUUCCAACAAGCCAAACUCUUACCAUGCAGCUAAUCAUAAUUUCAGUAGGAAGAGGACUGCUGCAGAAGCUGGUAAUGUUAUGUCAAAUGGAGAUUACAACAACAAAUCAAAAGGUUCUAGAAUACCCAAGCAGGAUGCAAUUGAUCACAGAUUAGUAGAUGGAGUUCAUGGAAAGGAGCCGACAGUACAUGAGUCCAAGACAGAAGCUGCUAUUCCUGUUUUAAAGAAUCCAGCAUCUUCUGAUACAUCUCAGCCCCCUAAGGUCAAUGUAAUCCCAGUACAGUCAAUGCCUAAUCUAGAGGAUUAUCAGACAAAUGAUGCACCUAGCUCCAACAAAGAAGUUCCAAUAGAGGAUAGGACAAAUGAUGCUCCAGACUGCAGUACUGAAGUUCCAAAGGAGAACACAGCUGCCACAGCCAAGGACACUGUCCCAAGCCAAGACGACAGGACAGCUACUACCAGCGAUGCAACAACAUAAAUUUGAAAUCAUGGUCAAGGGUUGACAUCUUAACAUAACCUAAAACACAAACCGGCCAUUUUGUACAUUCAUCAUUGGAAGGUGAUCAUAGAUUGAUAUGACAGGUGAUAUACAGAAAUCGCUAACUGGUGAUCUGCCACCUAUUAACAAGGGAUUUUAAAUGAAAUGUUUUUUGUUCUAAGAUCAUGAUUAAUGGUAGUAUGUAGGAGAAGUUCUUGUCUGAAAAGGGUGAAUUCUUAGUUACUUUCUGCUUCAAAUUAAAGCAUUGUUUGGAGGGGGAGAAGAGUGCUUAUCAAAAGUUGUUAACUGUUACGAGUAGCUUUAUCUUUCUUUGUAGCGGAGGAAUCAAUGGUUUGCAGCAAUGCACAUACUCCUGCUGGCUCCAUUUUUCCAUGAGAUGUCGAAAUGCCUUCAGCCACUAAAUAUUUUCUUCCAGUCUACGAGACCUGUUUUUCUGGAGAAGAAAUUGUUGUUUGAAGGCUUCAUUUCAUUUUGUAUGUAUCACAAUUUAAUCUUUGGAAAGUUGUCUUUUCUGUGAGUUUCACAGGAAAGAACUUAUUUAUAUGCCUGAUUUAUUUCCCCAAAAACGUGUUCACGCCUUAUCAGUAAUUCCAUGGUUUCUGUUGGCUUUAGUA